UCAGUUUGCGGUUGCUUGAGACGGAGGAAGGAAUUGCUGUAUUAUAUUUUAAAGACUUAGAAGGCUUAAAAGCAGAAGGAUUUACAAGACUUUUAGCGUGUUGAAUGGCGUGUGCAAGGAUUGUGCUCUUGGGAGUUAUCAUUUUUCUUUGUCAGGUAAUGGUAUUGCCGUGCGGAUAUGCGGAGGAGUCGACAUGUACACCUGGGUUUGAGUCGGAGUUAUUCGUUUUUAAAGUGCACAGAGAUCACCUUCACAUGGGAAAAAGAUUAGGAAGAGUUAUUUUCAGUAACUACUAUGGAAGAACAAGAACCCACUUUCAGUCCGUUGACAAGAGGUUUGAUGUGAAUACGGAUGGGACUGUAAUGCUGCAGAGACAAGUGACUCUUCACGAAGGCCAAAAGGUGUUUUCUGUGCAUGCCUGGGACUCCAGUGGAAAGAAGCACACUGUAUCUGUCAAAGUUGAGCAUAUCCACCAUCAUAAGGGGCAUCACAUGGAUACGGUCAUGAACAUCUACUCUCAAGAGAAGGAAUUGCCCUCUGAUCAGGUUCUGACUUUUCCGAAAUCUUCAACGGGAGCAAAGAGAGCAAAGAGAGCUUGGGUUAUACCUCCAUUCCAGGUACCUGAGAAUAGCAGAGGUCCGUUCCCAAUGAAGCUGGUCCAGAUAAAGUCAGACUUUGACAAGGAAACUCAAAUGCAAUACAGCAUCACAGGUGAAGGGGCGAAUGAGAACCCAAAGGGAAUUUUCAUUGUUGAUAAAUUAUCAGGGAAUCUCUUUGUGACUCAACCACUUGACAGGGAAAAAAAAGCUUCAUACGGAGUAAGUGGUUUUUUAGCACCUGAUGUGAGUAAUAUAGAAGAAAAACCAUUGGAAAUUGUCAUCAACGUGAUCGACCAAAAUGAUAAUAAGCCUGUGUUUACUCAAAAUCCUUUUAAUGGACAUGUUCAUGAAGCUGCUGGAAAAGGUUAUGAGUUUAUGACCGUCACAGCCACUGAUGCAGAUGACCCAAACACGCACAAUGGUAUAGUUAGCUAUUCGAUUGUCAGUCAAGAGCCACAAUUUCCAAAACCGAACAUGUUUUAUAUCAACAUUUUAUCUGGAACCAUUCAAGUCCAAGAACCAGGCAUAGACCGAGAGCAAUGGCCCAGAUAUACUUUGUUAAUUGUGGCUGCUGACAUGGAAGGAGCAGGUUUAGCAACCACUGGCACAGCCGUUAUUAAAAUUACUGACAGCAAUGAUAACCCACCACAGUUUGAUCAUAAUUUGCACACCGUAUCCGUCCCGGAGAAUGAAUUUGGGGCUAUAGUGGCCAAACUUACAGUUACUGAUGGAGAUGAAGUUGGGUCACCUGCCUGGUCAACCAAGUAUCGGAUUAUUAGUGGUGACAAGGGUGGGUUUUUCAAUGUCAGUACUGGACCCAGCCAGCUGGAGGGCAUCCUCACCACUGUAAAGCCCCUGGACUUUGAGAAGACCAAGCAAUACAUUUUGUCUGUGGUUGUUGAGAAUGAUGUUCCUUUUGUUGGUUCUUUGCCCACUUCCACUGCCACAGUCACUGUCAAUGUACAAAAUGUAAAUGAGCCUCCCGAGUUUAAUCCAAAGGAGAAGGUUAUUUUCAAACCUGAAGAUUCAGCAGUUGAUACUGUUUUGGUUCCUUAUACAGCCACUGAUCCAGAUACCGGAAGAUCACAGAAGAUAACGUAUAAAAUGGGUGGUGACGAUGCUGGCUGGCUAAGUGUGUCUCCAGAGACUGGAGUGAUUAAAGUGAGGAACCUUAUGGAUCGAGAAUCUGCCUAUGUCAAAGAUGGCAAAUACAGAGCUAUCAUAUUGGCCGUGGAUGAUGAUGCAACAUCUCCAGCGACUGGCACAGGAACCCUGGUAAUUGAAUUGGAGAAUGUAAAUGACAACGCUCCUAUUAUUAAUGAAGGGAAAAUAAAAACGUGUAAUCGUGGAUCAUCUCCAGUUCUUCUCUCUAUAACGGACAAAGAUGGACCUCCUUUUGGUGCACCCUUUAGCGUCGAGACCCAAGGAGAAACCAGUAAAAACUGGUCCACCUCCAUGAAUGACACAUCAACUGGUGUUUUUCUGCAACUCAAGACUACUUUGGAGCAAGGGGACUAUAAUGUAGUUCUGAGAGUUUAUGAUCUACAUAGGCUGUAUCAGGACAGCUCCAUUCAUGCAACUGUGUGUGACUGCGACGGAGAUGAAGUCCAAUGUAUUGACAAACCGGGGAUGGCAUUAUCUGGAGCUCUUGGAAUCCCAGGAGCAAUCUUGGUUCUGCUGCUGCUCGUUCUUCUUCUGCUUUUGUUCCUGAGGAGGAAAAGGAGUACCGAAAAAGAACCCCUCCUUCCUGAAGAUGAUUUAAGAGACAAUAUCUACUAUUAUGACGAGGAAGGUGGUGGAGAAGACGAUCAGGAUUAUGAUUUGAGUGUGUUGCAUCGUGGCUUGGACAACAGACCUGAAGUGUUCCGAAAUGAUGUGGUGCCCACUUUCCUGUCAGCACCUCAGUAUAGACCACGGCCAGGCAAUCCUGAGGAGAUUGGGAAAUUCAUUGAUGAUAAUCUGAAGGCUGCAGAUAACGAUCCCACAGCACCCCCAUACGACUCCCUCCUGGUGUUUGAUCAUGAAGGAGGAGACUCUGAUGUGGGUUCACUCAGCUCCCUCAACUCUUCCAGCUCAGGGCAGGACCAAGACUAUGACUUCCUCAGUGAGUGGGGCCCACGCUUUAAGAAGCUGUCAGACAUGUUUGGAGGAGAGGAUUAAG